AGCACUGAGCGGAGAAGUCAGAGCUACCAUGGAGAGUCCUGUGGAAAGCCUCCACAAAGAAGCCACUUGCUCCAUCUGCCUGGAGUAUUUCCAAGAUCCCGUUUCUAUCCCCUGUGGGCACAGCUUCUGCCGGAGCUGCAUCACCUUGUGCUGGAAAGAACGGAACACCAAUUUCUCCUGUCCUCAAUGCAGGGAGACUGCCCUGCAGAGAAAUUUCAGGCCCAACCGGGAGCUGGGCAAUGUGGUGGAAAUCACCAAGCGGCUGAAUCGUCAAGCCUUGAAAGGGGCAGGAGGGGAAAAGAUGUGCGAGAAGCAUCAGGAGGCUCUGAAGCUGUUUUGCAGUGAGGAGAAGAACCUCGUCUGUUAUAUCUGCAGGGAGUCCCGAGCACACAGAAGCCACACUGUGUUUCCCAUUGAGGAAGCUGCCCAGGAUUAUAAGAAGGAAAUCUACAGCCGACUCCAGAGUAUGAAAGAAGAGAGAGAGAAACUUCUGGGAUUAAAACUCACUGGAGAUCUUAGACAUCAAGAGUAUCUGAAGCAAACAGAAUCUGAGAGGCAGAAAGUCACCUCCCAGUUUGAGCAGCUGCACUACUUCCUGGAAGAACAGAAGAGGCUCCUGCUGGCUCACCUGAGUGGACUGGAGAGGGAGAUCACUCGGCAUCAGAAGGAACACGAAGGGGCGUUUGCAGAGGAAAUUGGCUCUCUCAGCGCCCUGAUCAGUGAAGUAGAAGAAAAGUGUGGACAGCCAGACAGUGAAUUCCUGUGGGAUAUUAAAAACACCAUGCGCAGGUUUGAUAAGAAGCAAUUUCAGGCACCCGAGGAAAAGUCAGUUAAGGUGGAAAAGGGAUUACGUGAAUUCUCUGAGAGGAACGUUGCUCUUGCAGAAAUCCUGAACAACUUCAAAGACACUCUGCCGUCAGAAAUGGGAACAGAAUGGGUCAAUGUAACCUUGGAUCCAGACACAGCAAACCCCCAAGUUAUAAUUUCUAAGGACCGAAAAAGCGCCAGAUGGGAUGUCACCAGGACCGAUGUCACGCCUAGCACAAAGCGAUUUAAGUCCUCUUGCUGCGUGCUGGCUUCGGAAGGUUUCACAUCUGGAAGACAUUACUGGGAAGUCAACGUGGAAGACGGAGGCAUCUGGGUCGUAGGGGUAGCCAGAGGAUCUGUGGGGAGAAAGAUGGAGCUGAAGUUGACCCCAGAGGAAGGGAUCUGGGCCUUGCAAGGAGAUUUUGGUCAAUAUCAUGCUCUCACCAUCCCCGUGACCCCCUUGUCUCUCAGCUACACCCCCAGGAAGAUCCGAGUGUUUCUUGACUACGAGAGAGGGCAGGUGGCCUUUCUAAAUGCUGACACAAAGGAUUCAGUCUUUACUUUUGCAUCAAUUUCAUUUGCUGGAGAGGUGAUCUUCCCCUUUUUUAAAGUGCUGCUUUCCCAGCUGACGCUCGAUGGCUGACGGGAACACCUGUCAGAGAUCAGUUCAGAUCUUUUUGUCAUAUAAAUGUCAUGGGCAAAAUGGGAGGAUUAAACCCAACCUUCGGUGCAUGUUUAUACAGAGCUGUAAAGUGGGGACAGAAAUAUGUUUUAUUGAUUGGGAAUUAAGGAGUGGCAGUCAUUCUGGAUUUAAAGCAGAUCACAAAGGUAUAAGGCAUUAGAUACUGAUAGGACCAGUGGCGUAUUUGCCUAGGGACAGGGGGUACCCUCUGUCCCCGGGCGCCACUGAUCUGGUCACAUGCAGGGCGCAAAAUCAGCCCCCCCACGUGUCCAGGAAGACGGCAAGGCAGCAGGAAGUCCUGCUGCCUUGUCAUCUUCUGGCACCCUCGGCCCCACACAUGUCAUCAUCAACAAGGAAGUUAGAGGACCCCCCAAGCCUUGCCCCCCUCCCAGUUGCUGGCUCCCCCCCCAAGGCCCGCCUCCUCCUUAUAAAAGCAAAGGCCCCAGUAGGGAGCCUUCCAGUUGCUUCUGUCCUCCCCAGAGGGGAGGGCAAAAUAGGGACUGCCGGCUUGGAGCCGGCAAUCGGGAGGGGGCAGGGCUCAGGGGUGGGCCCUGCCCCAGGCAAAGUGCCCCCCCGGAGAACGGAUGUCUCCAGGCACCAUUUCACCCUGGUAUGCCUCUGGAUAGGACCAAUGGCUGCCAAUGGCCUUUUGCCAGAUUUAAUCAAGAUACAGAUUUGCAUGUAAGAAGUCAUAGACCUCUAUUUAUUUUCCCUCUCCCUAAUUAUUAAACUCUUGGAAAUAAGUCACCCCAGCAACUUUCCUAGAUUCACAGAGGGUCUAGUGCAAUCAUUGUACUAUUACAGGAUUUUAGUAUCCAUUUCCCCAUUAUUAAAAAUAUCCAAUAGCAAUUAGUUUUAUACAGGUAAUUAUAAAGUGGGAGAGAUGUUGUUGAAUCCAAAAACUCGGCUUAUGCUUAUAGCAGCAGAAGCAGAGAAGCUAUGUUUGAUUCUAACAUUUUCAUGUUUAUUUAUGCUUGACACAUUGCCUUUUAUUACAGCCAUCCCUAACAUAGUCUUUGGUCCCACUUAAUGUAAGUGCACAGUCUUAAAUCAAUAUAACUUUUAACUGGCGGGCAAGAUUACAUUUACCAGUAUAAUUAAAUAGCAAGAACU